AUGAAUACCCAUCUGCAAGGUUCGUCCCCGAGGUCUCCGGCCCCAUCGCCGGAUCCUGACGUCGACGAGGGUAGUUCUAAAAAGCAGGCAACCAGGGUUUUCAAGAAAAGUUCUUCUAACGGCAAAAUCACCGUGUACUUGGGGAAACGUGACUUUGUCGAUCACAUCACACACGUCGAUCCGAUAGAUGGUGUCGUGCUGAUAGAUCCAGACUAUGUGAAGGAUAGGAAAGUUUUCGGUCACGUACUGGCUGCGUUCAGGUACGGGCGAGAGGAUUUGGAUGUGCUGGGCUUAACCUUCAGGAAGGACCUCUAUCUGGCAUCGGAACAGAUUUACCCACCGCUGGAAACGGACCGACCACUGACCCGCCUACAGGAGCGCCUGAUCCGGAAGCUCGGCUCGAACGCGUAUCCUUUCUACUUCGAGGUUCCGCCACACUGUCCAGCGUCCGUGUCGCUGCAGCCGGCCCCAGGCGACACCGGGAAACCGUGCGGUGUCGACUACGAACUGAAGGCCUUCGUCGGCGAGUCGCAGGAGGACAAACCGCACAAACGGAACUCGGUCCGGUUAGCGAUAAGGAAAAUCAUGUACGCACCCUCGAAGCUCGGCGAGCAGCCGUCGAUCGAGGUCAGCAAAGAGUACAUACUGAAGCCAAAUAAAAUUCACCUUGAAGCGAGUCUGGAUAAGGAGCUUUACCACCAUGGCGAGAGCUUGUCGGUGAAUGUACAUAUAGCGAAUAAUUCAAGUAAAACGGUUAAGAAAAUUAAGGUGUCAGUCCGGCAGUUUGCCGAUAUCUGUCUCUUCUCGACGGCACAGUACAAGUGCACGGUGGCGGAGGUCGAAUCCGAAGACGGAUGCCAGGUUGCUCCCGGUUUUACUCUAUCGAAAGUGUUUACGCUGACGCCACUGCUGGCCAAUAACAAAGACAAGUGGGGCCUGGCACUUGACGGGCAGCUGAAGCAUGAGGACACCAAUCUGGCCUCGAGCACGCUGUCUCGCACGCUGGUCGACGGAAAAUAUAGAAUUGCAGAUCCAUCGCAGCGGGAAAAUCUGGGCAUCAUUGUGCAGUAUAAAGUGAAGGUCAAACUAUGCAUCACACCGUUGGGCGGUGAUUUGGUGGCCGAGUUGCCGUUCAUUCUCAUGCACCCGAAGCCGGACGACGAUGAGCCGGUGAUAGGAGACCGUUCGCCUGGGCGGACGGUAAACAGCGCCGACCGGAAGCACGGAUACCCAGCCGGACACGACGCUGGCAGCAACAGCAACAACGGGGAUGCGAACGCAGCCAAGGAGGAUGGCCCGAACCUUAUUCAGCUGGACGGGGACGACAACUGUCAGGAUGACGAUAUUAUCUUUGAAGAUUUCGCCCGAUUACGCUUGAAAGGCGCCGAAACGGAAGCUUAGAGCAACUAGCGGAACCACACGGCUGAUGGCAGCGCGCCGCGUGUGUUGGUGGAGUCCGUCGCCACCGUCGGUAGGUCACAGCCGGGGGCCGCCCGAGACCGGGUCACGGUUCACAGCGUGUUAGCGUCGUCCGGGUUGCCGGCGGAGCGUGAUGAAGGCGGCCAGAGAUGUGUUUCCUACCAACCAAACAGCUGUAGCUAUGCCAAAGCAUUCAUCCACUUUGCGGUGUCCCAUCAUGCGAGAUGCGAUGAUGAUAAGCGCCGUCUCACUUUCUUCCGCGACUUACCGCGAACCGGCACGAACCAACCGUCACGAAUUCGGAAACGUUAAGGGAUUAGUUAACUCACCGCUAGAAGGGAAUGCAUACGAUAACGAAAUAAGAGAUGUUGCCAGUGUGACUGAAGAACGAACGAGGACUACUUUAAACCGGACGCCAAGCUUAAUCCAGCAGCAGUGCAUUCGAUCAAUACGCCCUUCUGUCCACUGGACCAUGGCCCGAUGGAGUGCUAUGACCGGUGAACGCAUUUCAAACUGUUAUCCUUUCUCUUCCGUUCGCCGCUAUUCUGAUAACAGCCUCCGUCAGGACGCGACAUGCCAAUCGCGUAAGAGCAUAGCUUGCGUAGUACGAACAAAUACAUGGACCACUCUAUUACCUAGUACGAGGUACUUUUGCUACGAUUCAAACACGCGAACGGAGGGCCGGUGCGAAAGAGCCACGUCAAACGUGUGUACCUUUCCCGCUCCGGCCGCAUGGCGGGGCGCAGAUCAAUGCACCAUUAACCUAUAGCAAGAAGCGAUCGCAACGCAGGAUCAAAUGUUAGAUUCUAUCGAACAGUAGUGCAAACCCCUUAACUAAGUGUGCCAGUUGUUACUUGAUCGUAAUGGGAGGAAUCAAUAGCUCCACUUUUCGCAUUUAACCAUAAGGCGCGCGCGCAUACCCCCGGGAAGCCGGGUUCUAUGGCCGGAAAUGCCGACGUCUGUAGUCGCACGGUAAUAGUGCACAAAGUCAGUAAACUCGUGUUUAAGUCUAUGAAGCAUCAGAGAGAAUAUUUUGAUCAUGCGGAUUACUUUCAGGAGGCGCAUGAACGUUUACUAUUUUAUCAUGUACAUGAUAUUUAUACGCAACCACUACGAUUAUCCUAUAAUUUUAUCAAAAUAAGUAUAAAUGCUUCUGUGUAAAAGGAGGGUCUUUGCAUCUCUUUCGUGUUUUUUCCCCAUCCAAUCAAUGUUAUGUUUCAAUUUGCGUCUUCAGUUCAGUUUUAGCAAUCAUCGCACACCUACGAAAGGAAAUAUUAACCAGAGACCAUUUGGGAGGAAGCGCCUCUAAACUUUAAUCCAAUACAUGUGUCGGCACACCCCUGGUGCCUGGCCGCCCCCGAGAUUGUAGAGAUUAUUUAUAUGAAACGCACCAAAUUAA